AGAACCGUCCCUUUCAGCACAAAGAGUCGUAUAUAUAGGUAGUCUGUAAGUGGUUGCCCUCUGCUCUUCUCAUCUUCUCUCCCAAGGCCUUGCCGUGCUUGCUAUUCGAUCUGGCUGUUCUCUUGGUGUGGGUUCCACAAGAAGCAUAUCACGUCAGCCCGAUUGACAUUCUGCCGUUCGCGUCUUUGGCCUUUCAUUUGUGGGUUGUUCUUCCACAGCGAGCGUCGUGUACCUUGUUGCAUGUGACUGCUGGAGGGGAGGUCCAUAAAUAUCAACUUCUUUCAUUCCCAUACCGAAAACAAACUUUAUUUUCUUUCUAUUCUUCCACAAUAACUGACAACAUCCGUCAGUCGACAACCAUUCACAAUGUCAGAUACCCCCGUUGACACCCGGACUGGAGCCACUCCACCAAGAGUCGACCUGUCUGAACUCGACAAGCUGCGAGCCUCAAUUGGCUCGCAAUUCAAGCAGCUCGCGGGUCUCGUUGGCGCCGUCACACGUCCCGUUCCCGACGACACGGGAGAUGGUUCGCACAUCGAGCCUGACGAGGAGAACGAGGUCCUCAAGAAGGUGUUUGGCGACGCCUCCGACCUCAGCCACUUGAAGAUCGAAAACUACAAGACCCUGCUCCAGAUGGUGACGGAGAAGUUUACGGGCGAAUUGCAAGACGACAAGACCUACGUCAUGGAAGGCCUGAUCCGCACAGCUGCAGGCCUGCCGGAUGGAUCCAAGAUGCGGGAGACGCUGACGAACAAGUUCAUCGGACAGCUCUGGAACGACCUCCAGCAUCCCCCGCAGUCUUACCUCGGUGCACAGUACCAGUACAGAUCUGCGGAUGGAUCUUUUAACAGCCUUGUGCAUCCUAAGCUUGGUGCUGCGGGCACGCCAUAUGCUCGUACGGUCAAGCCGGAGAUGGUGCAGACGCCUUGCCGUCCCGAUGCUGGCGUCGUGUUCGACAGCGUCAUGACCAGGAAACACGCAGAGCUGCACCCGAACAGGAUUUCCAGUGUUCUUUUCUACCUCGCCUCGAUCAUCAUCCACGACUGCUUCCGGACAGACCACAGAGACUACUCGAAUUCCCUGACCUCGUCGUACCUCGAUCUCUCGCCUCUGUAUGGAAGCAACCAGGAGGAGCAGGACGCCGUCCGAACCAAGGUCGACGGAAAGUUGAAGCCGGACUGCUUCUCAGAAGCCCGUCUGCUCUUCUUCCCGCCCGGCGUCGGCGUCCUCCUCAUCAUGUUCAAUCGAUUCCACAACUACGUCGUCGAGAACCUCGCCACCAUCAACGAGGGCAACCGCUUCCCCAAGCCCUCCCCACCCGCGGACUCCAGCAACGAAGCCGCCAACCAAGCGUACAAGGCCGCCCUCGCAAAGUACGACAACGACCUCUUCCAGACGGGCCGCCUCAUCACCUGCGGCCUAUACGUCAACAUCAUCCUCAUCGACUACGUGCGCACGAUCCUCGACCUCAACCGCACCGACAGCAACUGGCAGCUCAACCCGCGCGCGGAGGUCAAGGGCCUCCCCAUCGGCACGGGCAACCAGGUCUCCGCGGAGUUCAACCUCGUCUACCGCUGGCACUCGACCGUGUCCGACCGCGACGAGAAGUGGACCCAGGACCUCUGGGACGGCAUGUUCGGCAAGGGCCGCGACCCCAAGACCGUCGGCAAGUACGAGUUCCUCGGCAAGCUGGACGAGGUGUACAAGAAGACGGAUCGCGACCCGUCGAAGCGCACUUUCGCGGGCUUGAAGCGCAAUGAGGAUGGUACCCUGCCCGACCAGGAGCUCGUCGAUAUCAUGGUCGCGAGUAUCGAGGACUGCGCGAAUUCGUUUGGCCCGAAUAGGGUGCCUGAGGUUAUGCGUGCGAUCGAGGUGCUGGGUAUCGAGCAAUCGCGGGCUUGGAACCUGGGGAGUCUGAACGAGUUUAGGAAGUAUUUCGGGCUCGAGCCGCAUAAGUCGUUUGAGGAUAUCACGAGCGAUGAGUAUGUUGCGGAGCAGUUGAAGCAUCUGUACGACCACCCCGACAAGGUCGAGAUCUAUCCGGGAAUCGUCGUCGAGGAUGCGAAGAAGCCCAUGGCACCUGGAUCCGGACUGACGCCGCCGUACACGGUUUCGAGGGCCGUGUUGUCGGAUGCUGUUGCUCUGGUUCGUGGUGAUCGAUUCUACACGAUCGAUUACAAUCCCAAGACGCUCACGAACUGGGGCUUCAAGGCUGCAGAUUCGGAUAUUGGAGUCGAUAAUGGCUGUGUCUUCUACAAGCUGUUCCUCCGUGCUUUCCCGCAUCACUUUGUCCAGGACAGUGUGUAUGCUCACUACCCGCUCACCAUUCCGUCCGCCAUGAAGGAGGCGCUCCAGGAUCUCAAGAAGGACAAGUUGUACAACUUCGACAAGCCCAAGUACCACAAACCCCACAGCUUCGUCUUCGAGUACAAGACUGCGACCGAGAUCAUGAAGAACCAGACCGACUUCAAGGUCACCUGGGGCAAGGCCAUCGAGUACCUCAUGGGACCCUCCGCCAGGGACUUCAUGUUGGCCGGCGACGGAAAGCCCAACCAAGCCUCUCGCGACAUGAUGUCCAAGGCCCUCUACGUCAGCGACUGGGACCGCGAAGUCCGCCACUACUACGCGACCAAGACCCAGGCCCUCCUCAAGUCCAAGACGGCCAAGAUUGCAAACUUCAACCAGGUCGACAUCAUCCGCGACAUCGGCAACCUCGCCCACGUGCACUUCUGCGCAGAGCUCUUCAUGCUGCCCCUCAAGACCGAGGAGCGCCCUCACGGCAUCUUCUCCGAAGCCGAGCUCUACCUCAUCAUGUCCGGCGUGUUCGCGCUCGUCUUCUUCGACGUCGACCCAGCCGGCUCAUUCCCCCUGCACAUCAAGUCGCACGCGGCCACCAAAACCCUCGGCACGAUCAUCGAAAAGAACGUCGCGGCCAUCUCCCGCAAAGGCGUCCUCUCCACCGUCAUCCAAGCCAUCUGGCCCCACGAAUCCGUCCUCAAAUCCUACGGCAUCCACCUCAUCCAGCGGCUCCUCGCCACGGGAAUGGACCCCUCCACCCUCGUCUGGGGCCACAUCCUCGGCACCGCCGGCGGCAUGGUCGCCAACCAAGGCCAGCUCUUCGGCCAGACAAUCGAAUACUACCUCACUGGCGCGGGCCAGAAACACUGGCCCGACAUCGUCGCGCUCGCCACGGGCCCGGAUUCCGACUCCGACGAGACGUUCGAGAAACUCAUGCACUACCUCCUCGAGGGGUCGCGGUUGGCCGGCGAAACGGGCGUCGCGCGCCGCGUCGAGAAGGACACGACGCUCCACGACUCCGGACGCGAGGUGGUGCUCGAGAAGGGCGACACGGUGUUCGUGAACUUGCGCACUGCGUCGCACGACCCUGUUGCGUUCCCGAACCCCGACGAGGUCGAUAUCACGAGGCCGUUGGAUUCGUAUAUUCAUCUCGGUCACGGCCCGCAUGAGUGCUUGGGGCUGAAGAUGACGAGGGUGGCGUUGACGGCGAUGUUGAAGGAGGUUGCCGGGUUGAAGAACUUGAGGCCCGCGAAGGGGCCGCAGGGUAAGGUGCAUAAGGUUGCGAAGAAGGAGUUGGGUGAUAGGUAUCCGUAUCAUGCGUACUUGACGGAGAAUUGGGACGGGUAUUGGCCGUUCCCUUGUGCUUUGAAAGUUAACUGGGAUGAUUAAACGAAUGCGUUGAACGGUUGAGAUAUGUUAAUUCGUAAUGGCGUUGAAGCGGUCUGAUACUUAUCCAUCUAGCAAUUUAUCUAAUGAGUGGAUAUGAAAUUUGAAAUUUGAAAAUGAAAUAUAUCUAUCGGUUCAAACAUCUCAUCAAAGUCUUUGAUUUCACCUAUUUCAAGCCAAUUGCCGCAAACAUCAAAAGCCUCCCUCAAC